AUGAGGAUACCUUUGCGGCCGCGGCCUGCUACGCGCAGCCACGCUGGGACCUCAACAUGGCUUGUCACUCUCGCUGCACUCGCGUCGCUCGCACGCGCCAUCACGAUAAAUUCCAUACCCGACCCGAAUCUCGACGUCAGCGGACUGGGGCAGAUGGCCAUUGCGGGCGACUUUGAUGGCAUUUCGUACUAUCAAUUCGAAGGGCAAAGCGAGCAAUCUUUCAGUUCUAAUGGCUCUGAACAGCUCAUGACUGGCUUGCCCAACGGCGCAUUCCUCUCUCUCCAGGGUGCCGACGCGUCGAUACGCACCAUGUGCAUGUUCAAAGGAAAUGUCGUUCUCGGCGGCAACUUCACAAGUCUAGGCGGGAAGCAGUUGACAGGCAUUGCCGCCUUCGACCCUGCCACCGGCGAUGUGGCUGAGCUUGACCAGGCCAAUUUCUCAGGCCAGGUCAGCAGCUUGCUUUGUGACGACUCGGCAGACAGGGUUUAUGUUGGGGGAAGCUUCCGAGCUGAAGACUCGACCAAUGCCAUCACUUGGGUUGCCAACGCUGGGUGGACGAGCUUGCCGUUUGCGGGCUUUAAUGGACCCGUCUCGUCCAUCGUUAAAGCCUCCAGUGGACACAUCAUCUUCGGAGGAAGUUUCACGGGCUUGGGCAACACAAGCACACCUAGUACCCCGGAUGGCCAGACCAUCAACCUUCAGACUGCGAACCUUAUUGCGACCCAGGGCACUACCACGACAGGCUUCAGUGAUCCGAAAAACAUCGUCUGCAACACCGAUGGUACCAGUGGUGAGGGGAGCACCUGGCUUUUACAGGACAAUGUCGCAGGAUCGUGGAGAGCGGCUCUGAAUUUCGGGUUUCAGCCUACAAAACUGCGACUCCGGAAUACACAUCAGGAUGGCCGAGGAACCCAGACCUGGAGGUUCACCGCGGAGCCAAACAAUGGCAUCAUGAAUUUUACGUACAUCGACCCCGCGAGUGGCCAGAACCGUAGCUGCACGAGCGAAUGUCCUUUGAGUGCCAACACCUCAGUCGAGUUUCAGGACUUUCAUUUCGUAAACAGGGUCGGCAUGAACGCAUUUAGGAUCGACAUAUCUGCGUGGUACGGCAACGGUGGUGGAUUGGACGGUAUCGAACUAUUUCAAGAUGAUAUCUUCACUUACGCCAUCAACGAUUUCAAUGAGCCGAGCUGCGCCAAUACGACUACGCUUUCGGAAGCCACUUCUACGGGCCCGUGGACCGUGACUGAGUCUGGAGCCAGCAAUUCGCAAUAUCUGUCGGCCGAGCUAUCGAAACCCAUCACCUCUGAUGCAGCCACUGUCGUCUUCCGCCCGGACAUCAGAGAAUCAGGUGAUUAUAUCAUCAAACUAUACACACCCGGCUGCCGUCAGGACGACACGUGUUCAAGCCGUGGCCAGAUCAACGUUUUCGCGACCUUGAACUCCACCAAAACCAUCCAGCACUUGAACGAAGGGGUGAGUUUAUACCAGACAAACGAGUUCGACAAGUAUGACCAGAUCUUCAUUGGAAAUGUUGAUGCUAGUUCAAGCUCAUUCCGCCCCAGUAUCACAUUGUCGCCUGUGCCUGGCCAAACGGUAUCUGGAGACCAGAUGAUCAUGGUUGCUCAACGAGUCGGUUUCGAGUUGAUGAACUCUACCGGUGGUCUGAAUGGCCUGUUUGAGUACGACCCCUCCAAGGCUACCGUGGAUACUUCCGACUUCGAUAGUUCUGCCUUUAACAAGCUGGGGUCUUCAUUUAAGGCCGACUCUGCUGUCACCGUUCUGGCCACGGCUAAUGACAUGACGUACAUCGGGGGCAAUUUCACGUCGGAUACUGUGCAAAAUAUUGUUGCUAUAGACAAUAAUGGCCACACGGUAGCCCUGGACGGGGGACUCGACGGAGAAGUCUCAUCGAUGUACCUCAGCGGAAGUCAACUUUUCGUCGGCGGCAAGUUCAACGGGACUCAGAACGAAACCACAUCUGGGCUCGCAAAUGUUGCCGUCUAUGAUGUUUCGGGCAACACUUGGAGCCCCCUAGGUGCUGGUGUUGAUGGUACCGUGACAGCCAUCGUGCCCAUGGCGCUGAACCUGACUGGUGACACCCCAGAGGAUGUGGUCACUUUAACGGGUGACUUCUCACAAGUACUCGCCUUUGGUGACAACGACGCUGUCAAUGCAACUGGCUUCGCUGUUUGGGUCAAGUCACAAAGCAACUGGCUGCAGAACUUGGACAUGCCCGUGCCACUGAUCAAUGGCAUUCUCUCGACCUCCCUUCUUGAGGGGCUGGAUAGUGGCCCUCUGUACGCUGGGUCGGUGUCUUCUCAGUCCCUAAGAGCCUAUGGCACAGCGUCAUUAGGUCAUACGCUCGGGAAUCUCCCUAUCAAGAUUCAAUCACCGACCACAUCUUCUACCAACAACCUUCCAAAGCGCGCGUCUCCGCUCAACAGCACAGAUUCCGUCUCUGGUGUUGUGGCAGGAGCGUUCAACACAGACGAUGGGAAGAACAUGACGGUUCUGGCCGGUCACUUCAGCGCAAAGGCCACAAACGGAUCGACCAUCUAUAAUCUCGCUGUCAUUGAUCGGAAAAACUCAGACACUAUUACUGGCCUAAACACCGGGGUGUCCGAAGACUCGGUGUUUUUGGCACUGGCGAUUCAAGGCGAUACUGUAUUUGCUGGCGGGCGCAUCAACGGCACCAUCGACGGGUCCGCGGUGAAAGGCCUGAUUUCCUACAAUGCUGCAUCGAACUCAUACAACACACAACCUCCUGUUCUAGAUGGUGAAGGUGUGGCUAUCUCGGCUAUCGAAAUACGACAAGAUACAUCAGAUAUCUAUGUUGGCGGAUCCUUUGACACCGGCGGAUCUCUCCCAUGCCCUGGUGUCUGCAUUCUUAACACAGAGACGAAUCAGUGGAGUCGCCCGGGCUUCGAAAUGAGCGGGGUCGUCUACACCAUGUUGUGGUCCAGUGAUUCUGUACUUGUCGCGGGUGGUGAUCUCACCAUCAACGAUACGAGUGUCUACUUGGCGUCUUACGACGCAUCUCACAACAAAUGGACCACAUUCUCAGAUGCCUCUUCCCUUCCGGGCCCGGUUGAUGCCUUGACUCCAGCUAACAAAGACGGAGAUCAACUCUGGGCUGCCGGCACCCAAUCUGAUGGAACUACGUACCUGAUGAAAUACGACGGCUCAUCUUGGCAAUCUUCCGGGGUCACCUUGGAUUCCGACACUGUGAUCAGCAGUCUUCAGAUGUUUACAGUGAACCAAAAACAUGAUUCGGCAUCCCUCAUAGAUUCUAACCAGGUUCUUGUCAUGACGGGUUCGAUCGCUAUACCCGGAUUCGGCAAAGCGUCAGGCGCGAUAUUCAACGGCACGACCAUCCUACCCUACGUCCUCACCGCUAACACGGAUUCCACAACGGGAUCGGGCUCAAUCUCCAAAAUCUUCGUAGAGAAACAGGAUUUCUUCAAGAAAUCGUCAGGUGGCGGCAUGCCCGUCGGCUUUGUCGUGUUGAUUGCGCUGGCUAUCUCAUUGGGCCUGAUGCUAUUGAUAGUGGUUGCCGGUCUCGCCUUGGACCGGUAUCGGAAGAAGCGCGAAGGCUAUGUCCCUGCUCCUACUUCCAUGUUCGAUCAUGGCAGCGGGAUGCAGCGCAUACCGCCACACGAGCUACUGGACUCUCUGAGCAAAGGGAGAACCGGGGCACCUCACGUGUGA